GGGGGGUUCACAGCAUUCAUCUUUUUUUUAUUUGUUUUUGGCCAGUUUAGAGAGGUGAUACUUAACGAGGGGCAACUCAUUACCUGUCACCCCUGUUACCCCCCCCCUCUCCAAACAGCGUGUGACAUUUCACUGCAGUACGUUUCUACUCGGUGUGUAUGAGGGCUCUGUCGGGUGCUUGGUGAGAAAAUAAAAUACUGUCAGUGAUCAGAAAAAUAACAAAAACAGACUGUCAUUUAAGUGGUGCUUCCCAGGUGACCUGAGGCGGGGUUGGGUGUUCAGGUCGUCUCAGAAAGGCCGCUGAACACCGGGUUUAAAUUCGGUGAAAGGGUCUGUCACGUUGGUCUGGAGUUCAGGGGCGUGACGGGGGGUGUAUUUUGGGCUAGGUUAGGUGAGGAGUCUUGACUGUUGUUUAUUCCUUCCAAAACGUGAGAAAGCACACCUUAUCCAGGCUGUCUGAACAGGUGUGUGUGGAGCGACCUCCAAACGUGAGUCAGCAGUAAUGACGGGGGGGGGGGGCUCAGUCCCGCUUAAAUUCCCGCUGAACUGAAAUCCGGCACCUUCGCUGAAAAACGGAACCGUGUCCCAACUUCGCUGUUCAUGAGUUGGAUUUGAAUUCCUGUCCUUGACAGUUGACGGACUUGGAACGGAACUGACUCCAGAACUUUUUUCUUCUGCUUCAGUGAGACCCGGACACUUCUUCAAACCCGUCUGGGCCUGUUUUGAGUUCUGCAGAUGUCCCUCAGCCCACUGAACCAGAGCCCAGAGUGAUGCCGGUCCUCCUGUGUGCGUACCGUCUGAAAAAAAAAUGGCGCUGACAUUUUGUGGUGUUCAGACGGGGACAUUUGAAGUGACAGGCUUUUAUCGACCGCUACUCCCGAGCCUCGUCAAGCCUGUGACUCACGGCUUCAUUGCCUUUUAAAGCCUGGCGCCCCAUUGGCUGUGUGGCUGUGACGUCACAGAAAGCCCGUGUUUCUCCCUUGGCGUUUGAUCUUCAGGUGCGCGGCGCGUGUCGCCAUGACGACGGUCUCGCCAUGGCGACGCGUGUAACACCGUCUUCCAGCGCCACACGACACAGGCGACAAUAGAGCAUUCGGGAAGGAUUCCAGUCGAGCAGCGGCCCAUCUUUGGACUGUCUGUCACCUUAAGUGGCGGUUUGAGGUGCCGGUAGAGGUGAAGGUUUCCUCAGUAACGUGCAUCUGUCCUUCAGAAUGACAUUUUUCUGUUUCUCAGGUCAGGCUUGAUAACACAACCUUUGGUUUGACACCUUGCAGUUUCAUCCAGCCUGUCUUUGGCACUGUGUUUAUUUUUUGGACAGGGCACACAGUUUCCCCCCCCCCCCCCCCCCCCCCUCCUCAUAAACGGAUUAGUAGAUAUGGAAUAACAGCAUGCAGCAUUUACGACAUACAGUUUAGAUUUAAAUAAGCUUGAAAUGUAGCCUCCUGUGCAAUUCCUUGGAGAGUACUGUUCUGAAGAGGACUCCUGACCUGAAUGUGUGUACUUUCCGUCGGUCUGAUUUUGGGCUGAAUGGUAAUCAGGAAAUGGUAUCCGUAGGACGGGUCACGUGACCCACCCCUGCCCUAUGUCGAGCGGCCAGUAUAUCAUGUGACGUCUACCCCACCGCCCCCGCCCUGGAGCUGGAAUGGUACGGCCGUGGAGUCACCGUAGUGCACCUUGUAGACGAGCCCCUGGAGACUUAGGCACCGGAGUCGGCUCUUCCCUUCAUCAUGUCUCCUCUCGUUCUGCCUCUGAUCUGUAGACAUCCGCAGCGGUCUGUUUAUAGCGUCUCCACCGUAUUAGUGUAUAAAUAUAAGGGCUUCCCUGUUACGGAACAUUCUGGUUUGGGUUUCACUCACCCGAGGCUGCGGAUGACGUGGGUUUGAUCCCAACUCCUGCUGGAGUCGUUUCCCCCCCUCCCCCUUCCGGCCUGGGAUCGGCGUGGAUUUUACGGAACGUCGACGGGCUCUUUGCGGGAGCGCUGCGUUCUCCGCUGGAUCGUGCAGCGGAAAGCCGGUGAGGUUGGGAACGCGACGUUCCCGUCAUCCGGAAGUCGGAAUAGAGUGCCGUGGUUCACGGAGCGAGGCGGUUUCCGCUCGACCUGCUCCAGGUGGCCCGUCUCGGACGGGACGUCCCAAGCUAGCCCGCAGCCCUCACUCCACUCCAUUUUUAACUUUGGGGGUCGGGUUUUUUUGGGGUGUCCCUCGCACUCAAUCCCACCAGUCAAAGGACUAAAGAGAGAGAACCUUACCCAUCCCCAGGACAGUAGCUCCCCCGUAGAGUGCAAACAAACAUAUUAACAAGAGUUUUAUGAAUUUAGGGUAGUGCAACUGGUUAAGUCUGCCAACUGUCGAUGUAUUGUUCUUAAUAAUCCUCUGUAAAAAAAAAAAAAAAAAAGUUUGAUUAAGAGUUGAAAUGGGUGACUUUAGCAACCUUCCUGAUGCUGUAGCAAAAUGAGCUGUUAUUUCACCCUACCCUUUGUAAUACACCUACCUGACGUGUUGAAAUAAAAGUCCCUUGAUAUCACAGCGUGUUGUGUUGCAUUAAUGCUGAAUCUUGGGGUUUCUCUGCUGUAGCUCCUCCCCCUGGCCUUGUUGGGAACUCGAUCAAAGUCACACUCGACAAACUCUCUUUGAUUUGCACAAGUGUCACAUGGGCUCUCUUGUCCAAUCACAGAAGGGAGGGCAGUGCUAUGAAAGCUUUGAUAAUGCCGUCAGUUGAAACGUUUGAAAUCAUUUCACAACCACGUCCUAUAAUGUUUCUGUUAUUGUGGUAAAUAACUUUGUAAGCUGGGAAAUAAUAUCUGUAGGUCCUGUCUCAACUGGAGGCAAAUUCCAGAAACUGACCAACAUUAUGUACACUCGUUUUAGACAUACGCACAUUUUAUGUUCAAGUGACGCUCCGAUUCAUUAACAAAAGUAGUGCCACCUGUUUGCCAACAGAUGGCGCCAUUGAUGAAGUUAACAAUACUGGCAUCCAGAGAGGCGUCACAAUACUUUUCACUGGAGUUCAGAGGAUGAAGUGUAUUUGAGGAGCUAUUGAUGAGAUAAGGGUCAUGAGACUUGCCUACUUGGUCUUGAACUUACAUUGCACCCUUAAGCAAGCUAGUGUAGAAUGCAAGUUUCCACGGAAACAUCAAUAGUAAAAAAAAAGAAAAAAGUCUAGAAUGCCUUGUUGUAUUGUUGUGUUGUGACCUCACAAGUGACUGGUGCUGUCAAUGUUCUCUUUAAAAGGAAGUGACUGGGUUCUGUUUCAGAGAGUCUGCUUGUGUCUGUAGUCUGAUAUAUGCGUCAACUGAAGACAAGUCUCCUGUUAUAAAUGGACACCCGGAACCUAAGCCCAGGUCCACCCAUCCUGCUGCUGCACGGCGUUCCCCAGGGACCCCACCUGGGGCCCGUGACACGAUCGGUGGCUGCCGGCAAGCCGCGCCCAGAGAGCAGGGCCCCAGGCCUGAAGAGGUGCAGGCCAAAGACCCGGCGAUGCGACCGCUUCUCCGAGAAAUACCGCCGGCUGAUGGAGGCGAUGGGCCGGAGCGAGGAGGAGGGUCUGGGCGCGGGCGGGGCCGGCCCCCGGGGGGGGGAGCGGGGCCAGGAGGGCCCCCAGAACAGCCCCCGCCACCCCGACAGCUACUCCGUCAAGUUCCGCACCCUGAUGGAGGUCAUGGGGCGGAGCGAGGAGAAGACGGCCACGCCCUGCGGCGGGAACGUCGCCGCGGCAACCCCCGCGACCGCCGAGGUGGAAGCCGCCAACGGGGGUCUGGGCGGGGCGGAGAGAGGGAGCGACGGCAGAGGCGAAAAGGAGGAUCCCGCCCCUCUUCAGAACGAGGAACAGGAGGAGGAGGAAGAGCAGGACAACAGCGCGGAGCUGGACUGGAUGGCCUCCAUGGUCGAUGCGCUGAUUGACGGGGAGCUCCACCAAUCGCAGGUUCAGGAGCCCGAGGGCGUCUGUCUAGCCCCGCCUACUGCACCACCCGUCACGGUCGUGGAUGAUGAACUUCCUGGACCAAUCACAAGCGAGCGACAGUCCCCCGGCGCGUGGAGUGGAAUCAGCGCGACCUCUGACCUGGACUUCUCCUUAUUGGAGGACGUCCUGACGAGACAGCAGCUGACCAGUCCCCCUGUGUCUCUGGGGCAGUAUUUGGACCUGGGUUUGGACCCCCUCGGUGACGUCUGUCUGUCUGAAUGGCUGUUCCUCAUAGACAAUAACCACCAAUUAUGAAAACUUUUUUUAUCCAAGGCAUGAGAUUUGUAGUAAAGAAUCAAGGUAAAAGUUAGAUUUCAGAAGAGAAAAAAAAAAAAAACCCUUUGGCAUUAUGUUAACGACUGAAAGUAUCUCGAUACACUUAAAAUUAAAUCAGUUUUUUUUUCUCCAAAUGGAUAGUAGCAUUUACUGUCAUUUCCUAAAUAUUUAUUCUUUUGUAUUACAUCCAGAAAGGUUUGCUGUGAACAUCUGUCGUUUGUCAACUGGCACGUUCUGUGAAACUGAAAUAUUUCUAAAAGUAGAAAAGGCUAAUCAAGUAAUUCCGAAGACAUAAAUAUUCCUGAAAAUACACCAAAUUAAUUUAUGAUGACAAAUUAAUAUUUCAUGCCUUCUCAGAUCAUUGUGAGGCACCAAUCGUGAGGGCAAAGUGCUCUAUUGCAGCAGAACUCAAAUCUGGCCCUCAGGGUCAGUUGUACAGCUGGUUCUCUUCCACCUGAUAGUCUGCAGUUCAGUAACGAUAUCACUGAUUGGCCAGAGAUUCCACUCACCUGGUGCGACAGGUUUAAAGCAGUCCCUGAUUGGAUGGGAGGAAUCAGAACCGACUUUCUUCCUUUUAGUAUUCUUUAGCUCCAGGACUUCCUGCUGUAACUGCUCUGUGCCUGUCUGUCAUUCUCACUGCUUCUGUGACGUGUAUCAUUUUCCAUAAUGAUGUAUCA